AUGACCUCCUACCCCAAGAAGAAGUGCGGUGUCCUGGGCGCCACUGGCUCUGUGGGCCAAAGAUUUAUCCUCUUGCUCGCAGAUCACCCCUUCCUUGAACUACAUGCCAUCGGCGCUUCGGAGCGUUCCGCAGGCAAGCGCUACAAGGAUGCUGUGAAGUGGAAGCAGACUACUGCCAUGUCCGAGAAGCUCAGCAACCUCGUUCUGCGGGAUUGCAAGGCUGAGCACUUCGCUGACUGCGAUCUUGUGUUCUCCGGACUGAACAGCGACGUGGCCGGUGACGUCGAGAUGGAGUUCAUCAAGGCCGAAAUCCCCGUCUUCUCGAACGCAAAGAACUACCGGAAGCAUCCCUUGGUGCCCCUCGUCGUCCCCACCGUGAACCCCCACCAUCUGGAUCUGAUCCCUCACCAGAGAAAGGAGUUUGGCCUGAAGAAGGGAUUCCUCGUCUGCAACUCCAACUGUGCUGUCAUUGGCGUCGUCAUUCCCUUCGCCGCCCUCCAGGCCAAGUUCGGCCCCGUCGAGGAAGUCGAGGUCUUCACCGAGCAGGCAUUGUCGGGAGCUGGCUAUCCCGGCGUUCCUAGCAUGGACAUCAUGGACAACGUGAUUCCCUUCAUUAGCGGAGAGGAGGACAAGCUUGAAAACGAGGCCCAGAAGAUUCUGGGUGCUUUGAGCUCUGACGCCACUUCCUUCGAGGAGCAGGCUGGCCUCCGCAUCGGCGCUACGUGCACCCGUGUCGGAGUCACGGAUGGUCACAUGGCUUUCGUUUCGUUGCGCUUCAAGAACCGCCCCGGUCCCAGCGCCGAGCAGGUCGUGCAGGCCAUGCGUGAAUACCAGUCGGAGGCUCAGAAGCUGGGUGCUCCUUCUGCGCCCAGCGAGGCUAUCCGCGUCUUCGAGGAGGCCGACAGACCUCAGCCCAGACUCGACCGAGACAUCUCUGGCGGAUACACCGUCAGCGUUGGACGCGUGCGGGAGGGUGCCCAGGGUGGCUUCUUCGACCUUCGGUUUGCUGCCCUUUCUCACAACACUGUCCUCGGCGCUGCUGGGUCGUCCAUCCUCAAUGCGGAGGUUGCUGUCAUCAAGGGUUAUAUCUAG